AUGGCCAAGGGCAAGUGCGCCACCGGCAAGAUCGCCGACGACCCCUACGCCCUGUUGGUCAACACCACCGUCGGCGACACCGUUACGAGCGUGAAGUUCUCGCCCGCGGGCUCCUUGAAGCAGGGCAGGCAGAAGCUCAAGGUGUCCGUGAAGUACGCCGGCGGCGCGACUGCCAAGGCCUCGUGCGACGUUGACGUUUCAGACAGGGAGCCGCCCACUGUCAGUGUUGCGUCGAAGUCCGGCGGGGCCUGCGCCUGGCCAAAGCCCGGCAAGACCGCCGCGUGCUACCCCCUCAAGGAGCUGGUGAGGGCGACCGACAACUGCCGCCCCGCGCCGACCGUCACACUGACCGGCUGCGCGGUCACGGCGUCCGCGCCGUCCAACGGGUCGGCCGCAGAUUGCUAUCAGGAGUCUGGCGCGGGCAGCGUGUGCGUCGUCUAUCCGCCCGCCGGCGCGGUCGCGCCGCGGGUGGCGCGGGUGUCCCUCAGGGCUGUUGACGCAUCCAAGAACUCGUCCCCAGCCUUGAACGUAAGUGUCGUGGUGUACGGGGCUAAGCCAGCCUCGCCACCCCAGGGGUGCAAGCCAAGAUAG